GGGCCACGUAAUGGCGUCACAUGACAGGCAUCUCAAAUUACUGUAGUUCAUUCUCUGACUUCCGUGUUCUUUCACUACUACCAUCUACCAACCGGCCGACGCAAGAGAGCCAGAAUGUCUCAUCAAACCGGCAUCCAAGCCACCGGGGAAGUGAAAGAAAUCUUUGCGAAGGCCCGGAAUGGAGAAUAUCGGCUCAUCAAAGUAGUGAUUGAAAAUGAGAAGUUAGUUCUUGGCGGAAGUAAACGGGCUGCCAAGAAAUGGGACCAGGAAUGGGACAGCUGUGUUCUCGCUCUCGUGGAGGAUGACAUGCCCUCGUACCUUCUCUACAGGUUGGAUACCACCAACAACCAGGGGUAUGAGUGGAUCUUUCUGGCCUGGUCACCGGAUCACUCUCCAGUUCGACAAAAGAUGUUGUAUGCUGCCACGAGGGCCACGCUGAAGAAAGAGUUUGGUGGUGGCCACAUUAAAGAGGAGAUUUUUGGCACAGUGAAGGACGAUGUCUCUCUAAAUGGCUAUAAAAGGUACCUCAGCUCCCAGGCGGCGCCUCUGCCUUUGACUGCAGCAGAGGAGGAACUGAGGCAAAUCAAACUCAAUGAGUUGCAGACAGACAUUCAUGUUGACACAAAGCAGCAGACUCUUCAGGGAGUGGCAUUCCCUAUGCAGAGAGAAGCUAUUCAGGCUCUGGAGCAGUUCAGGGAGAAAAGGAUUAACUACGUUCAAUUGGAAAUUGAUUUUCCUAAAGAAUCCAUCAAGUUGUCCAGCACGGCUCCCACAGAGCUGAAAGAUUUGCCUAAAAGGAUCCCAAACGAUGCAGCUAGGUAUCACUUUUUCCUCUACAAACACUCGCAUGAAGGAGACUACCUUGAGUCCACAGUGUUCAUCUACUCUAUGCCUGGUUAUAAAUGCAGCAUCAGAGAGAGAAUGCUGUAUUCAAGCUGCAAGAACCCUCUCAUAGACACAGUGGAGAAAAACUUAGACAUUGAAAUUGCAAAAAAGCUGGAAAUUGACAAUGGUGAUGAACUAACCAGUGACUUUCUGUACGAAGAGGUUCAUCCUAAGCAGCAUGCGCACAAGCAAGCUUUUGCCAAACCCAAGGGGCCAACCGGGAAGAGGGGGGGCCGUAGAAUUACACGGGCGCCAGGGGACGGCGGCGAUGAUGAUUAAACCUCUCCCUGUUCUGAAUCUGACAGUGGUACAUUCCACUUAGUCUAAUGAAUCCCGUCCUCGAAGAAUUCCCAUUUUUACCUUGACUCAUGUAGACCACAGCCCUAUAGACUGAUCUAUGCACAAAGUAAAACACUAAGCCUGUGAAAUAACAUUUUGUAGCUUGCAAUAUGAUACUCUAUGUGGAAGAACACCGAUUGAGGUAGACGAGAAUGUGUUUUACUAAGCUUCACUUGCAUUCGAGGAUGCCGUAUGUGAUGUUCCUGGUAAUAGUUUUAACACUAUUAUGCUGUUUACUUGCGUAUUAGCCAAGAUUAUGAUAUAGAGUGCAAUACUGUUGAAAUAGACACUCCAUUUAGUGCUUGUUGUCCAGUAAUAGAUAUUGAUUUUCAAACCUUUUUGAACAUCAUUUUUGAGAAAAAGAGAUGGUUUCCCCUUUCAAGGUAUAAAUUGCACUUUCAGUGGUAGCCUUCCAGCUUUCCAUUUUAGCUUAGGAGUUACUUUAAUAUUUGUCCAGGAAAAUGGCUGUGGAGAUUAGGCAUGAUUUGUGUUUGGAAAACAACCCGGAAAGUUAAACAGUCCACAGGAAGGUCAGAAGUUCAGAUCUGUUUUAUGAGGCCGUAUGCAUUAUUAAUUAACUUUCUGAUUGAUUAGGUUGAAAAUUUUCUUAAAGAGUGACUACAUAAAUUAUCAGUAUUCUGACAGCCACUGAAGCUUUUAGCGAUAGGGUAGGGAUGAUUUCAAUGAAGGAUUUGCCAAGAAUAUUGUGCUGAAAAUGUUCCAAUACCUUUUUUUUAAUAUGUUUUAAUUCUUAAAAAUUGGUCUUGUCAUUUUUUUUUUUUAAAUGUAGGAUUGUGUAAUUAAAGGGAUAUGAUAAUAGAAUCCGUCAUAACACAAAUCUGAAAAAGUGAUGCCUCUCUGCAUCUCAGAUAUUUUUCACGUGAAGACUAAACCCGCAGAGAUACUAUUUUUCUAAGCCUGUACAGCUGUUUGUUCAGAUGAUGUCGUUGUCUAACAUCUUGAAGUGAGUGUCCAUGGUUUCAGGGGUUUAGGGCCAUCCUGUCUGCCUGAACGAAUGUUUUACAUGUCAUCUAAUAGCCAGCCUGCAUUUCACGCCAUUCGCAACCGCACUAAUGUAAAAGUGCUUGGAGUUAAGUUCACUCAGCAACCUGCUUGGGAUGCUUUUGAAAGCACUCAUAAGGGAAGGGACUGGGAAGUUCCAGAACCUCUGGGACGAUCCAUCUACUGAUUCACAACAGGCGAACCACUAUUAACAUGUCUCUUAUGUAAGGGUAUUAUGAAGUCUGGAAAGGAAUCAUUGAGUCUUAAAUGUCUUUUUCUAUGCAUUGUAUAAGAUAGAGGAAUAGAGGAGAGAGAAAAAUAAAAAGAUUUGAAAAUUC